UCACAAAGAUGUCAUCUGCUGUUGUGUUGUGUGGUACUGACAAUGUUUUAUGUCAAAAGUAAAUAGUCAUUUCCGUAUCGUAAACUAUGUGAUUACUGAAGCAGUUUAUCAGAGGGAAAUCAUGUCCUCCCCUGCAAGAGGAAAAGGAACUUUCACACGCGUGGAAAGAACUAUAAACGUAUAACGUUUAGUAAUGGCUGGAUUUUUUAUGAAAAUCACUGCAUAAAGAAAUGGCAAAGAAAAGUGUCGAAGUCCAGGUUUUUGAUAGUGAUUUUGCACUUCUACUUCGUGAGUCCGUCACUUAUGAGAUCAAAAUGGAAUCCCGCCCCAAAAGUAAAUUUCGCACAUUUGUAUUUGUAUGUGUCUUAUUGGCGGUGACAGGUAUUGUUUAUUUUGGGUACUUCUGUCCAGAUCAAGUUUGCGCACUCUCGUCACGAGAAACCGCUUGGUCUGAGUGGACGUUUCGCACGCCUAUUCAAGAUAAUUUAGGAAAACCUUUGCAAACUCAUUCAGAACCACUGAGUUCGAAAUUAUCAAAUCCAGGCCUAAGUUACGAUGAUGUUCUUAAUGAAAAUUUCCAGUUUGAUAUGAAAGCUCAUGACGUUAUGGUCUUUCUGCACAUUCAAAAGACAGGAGGUACGUCAUUUGGAAGGCACUUGGUGAGAGACUUGGAUUUGGAGAGGCCAUGCACAUGUCAAAGGAAAAGGAAACGCUGUUAUUGUUUUCGCCCAAACCGCAAGGAGAUUUGGUUAUUUAGUAGGUACUCCACGGGAUGGAAAUGUGGGCUUCACGCAGACUGGACAGAAUUAACUAGUUGUGUGGAUUCAGAACUUGACAAAAAUGAAGGUGAUAAAGUCAAAAGACGGUAUUUUUACAUCACGUUGUUGAGAGAACCAAUUAGUAGAUAUCUUUCUGAAUUUCGUCAUGUACAGCGGGGAGCCACAUGGCGAAACUCAAGGCACUGGUGUGGUGGUCAUGUAGCUACUCGAGAAGAGCUGCCUUUGUGCUACAACGGCGAUAGCUGGAAAGGGGUAACAUUGGAUCAGUUUGCAGCAUGUCCUUACAACCUUGCAGCAAAUAGACAAACACGCAUGCUUGCUGACUUGGCUUUGGUGGGUUGCUACAAUAUGAGUUAUAUGUCUCCAGUUGAGCGUGAUCGUGUAAUGUUGGCAAGUGCAAAGAAGAAUCUAGCAUCUAUGGCUUUUUUUGGAUUAACUGAGUAUCAAAAGAUUGCACAAUAUGUAUUUGAAGAAACUUUUAACUUGAGGUUUGCUGUUCCAUUUGAACAACACAAUGCUACAGUGUCAAGUGUCACUCUCUCAAUGAUCAGACAAGAUCAGUUAGAAACUAUCAGACGUCUAAAUGAUCUGGAUUUAGAGCUAUAUUCCUUUGCAAAAGCUCUUAUGUUUCAGCGCUUUGAUCGCUUAAAGUCAAAGGAUCCACUAUUUAAAGAACGAUUUGCACAUUUGGGUGAACUGCCUGGGAGACAGAGUGAUAGCUUUGAUUGGGAUCAGGUCAUUUAUGAUGACAAUAACAUAACACAAAAGUAGUGGUGUAGACUUGAUGACACUUACUUUUAUAUUUUGCAUUAUCAUCAGUGCACAUAAUUAUUUUCUAGUCAUGUCACGAUGGUGACAUGAAAUCUUAAAGUGUUAGAUGCAGUGCAUUUUUAAUACUAAUAACAGCUGAUAUAGACAGCUAAUUGUGACAGUUCUGUAAAUAUGUAUUGUGUUUUUGUACUUAAUGUACUAUUGUUAAUAUCUAAUGUACAGGUAAGAAGAGUUAAUUUCACGUACCAUAGUUGUAUAUACUUGUAAAUUUCCCCAGUAUAAACCAUGUCACAUCUGCUGCAGCUAAUGCUAUUAUCACUUCCAGUUUUAUAUGUGGUGAAUCAGUUUUUGAUAUGCCUUUCAUCUUUAUUAUAUAUUAUGUUACAAAACCUUUGAGAAUUAUGUACGCACAUCUUAUUGAAGUAUUUAUUAUAGAUUUGUUGUUGAGUUGCAUUUGAGACUAAUUAAUAUUAUACAUCAGCUGCAAAAACUCUAAAGAAAUAGAAUUGUGUAAGAAUUUAGGGUGCAGACUCACAAAGAAUACUUUAUUUAUGAGGCUGUGUAGUUAAAUAAAACACACACACACACACACACACACACACACACACACACAUACAAACAAACAAACAAACAAACAAAAUCACACACAAUUAGUGUGUAUAUAGCAUUAGAUAUGAAAUAACCAUUUGAAAUUUCCAUUGAAGUAACACGGAUAAUAACAGGCCACAUUAACCCUUGACCUUAUGGAAACAGACUGUUAUUAUUUAUGACAUGAUGAGUUAAAGGUUGACAUGGUUAACAAGUGUACAGAUUCCUGGGUACUAGAGGUGUAACAGGCAGAAAGAGGUCAAAUUGAUUUUUCUACUAAACUAAGGCUAAUAAAGUUAGUAGCCUGCUGUAGGGGAGUGAUUAUCAGAACAGGAGGAGUCAUUAUUCUUCAAAUCGGAGGUGUUUCCAGUGAAGACAGGAAACAAAAGGAUUUAAGAACAAAGAAAAACUCCAAAAAGAAAGCAGAGAAUAGAUAUUCUGUGAUAUUGUAGAACAAGUUAAUACACAGUAGAAUUGAGGAUUUACACACCUGAUAAACAUUGACAGGGUUCCUGUGCAAAAACCCGGCAUCAGUACGUGUGGAUGAUGGUUUCAAAUGGUGUGUUUUGUUGAGAAAACUUAUGGAUGGGUGUAAUGAAAUAAUUUUUCUGACAUGAUUGAUUGAACAUAUGUUUUGGGGUUUGCAGAUGAGUUGACAAUUCCAUUCUUUUUGUAGAGUGUUUGACCCUUACCUGACUCGUACUGCAAGUAAUGUUUCUGCCACUGCUCAGUACCUGAACUCCAAUCAUACUGUAAGGGACAGCAGGGAGUGUGUGCACUUCCUUUUCUGCACCUGUCCCACUGUUCCAUGAAGUGUUCAUUCACUCAAUGUUUUCUUUUUUGAAGAUGAGAGCAUAUAAAUUGAGUGCCAGGUCCCAAGACCUGCUUAAAUUGAAACAUCUUUGUUUCAACAGACCCCUGCUGUCCCUUACAGUAUGACUGGAGUUCAGGUAGUGAGCAGAUGCAAACAGGGUGCAGUGUGCAGAAAGGGAAAUUGUCAGCUCAGUUUAAGCCCAAACACAACUCUUCAGAAUAUGUUUUGGCUAUGUUUCCUCAUACCAUAAAUUAUUUGCUCUUAACUGUGUCUGUUGCACGUAUUUGUUUAGGCAAAUAGUGCCAUUUUUGUGAAGGUACAAAUGAUGCCUUUGUCUUGAUCUCAAAUGAUUUUGCACUGCAACAAAUUUUCAUUUGGUUAGCACAAAAAUAAAAUUCAUAUUUCAAGAUUACCCAAGUGACGUUAACUUUUGAAAGAAAAUGAAACUGUCAUAAAAAUCUUAUGGUUUAAUAUUCACAAGAAGACAUCACAAAAAUAUUAACAUAUUUGGCUGUGACUCCCAAGUGAUUUAAUAUUGUUUACGUGCAUAAUAUCUCAACAUGGUAGUGUUUGUCUUGAUUCAUUUCAUUCUUAGAAUCGUUUUUGACAUUUGUCUAGUUAAGAACAACAGAGUCUGUGUAAUACAUAUCACCAUAUGUUUUCAGAUUAACUUCAUAUGCAUCUCAAAUUGUAUCUGUAUUGUGUACAAAUUUAAUUAUAUUACUGCAUACUAAUGGAAUUAAUCAGUUUUUCCUCAAAGAAUAUUUUGAGGGUCUGUUCUAAAAUGAAUAUUUCUUGCUUGUACAGAACUUGUAACAGUUUGUAUUUGUGAUAACAGCUAUGUAUGUUUUUCCAUAGUUGUACAAUCCAUUGCUUCCAUUGGAUAAUACCAUCUCUCUGAAAAACUGUUUCAGUUUGAGUGCCAUUUACAUAUUGUGGAACAUAGUUUAUGAUGGCAUUACUUGUUAAAUUGUGUCCUAAUGUUGUUAUAUUCAGAAUGACUUGUUAAUAUAAUUCUACAUUUCUGUUAAGUUUUAGCAUUUUUCUUUAUCUUUAGUCAUUCUUAUGCAAAAAUUUUUGAAACAUGGAUUUCAAGCAAAUGAUUUGUUGCUCAGGUAUUUAAUGAAUACAUGUUAGUGACAAUGUGUGUAGGAAGAUGCUGAAUCAGUGUUAGUUUUGCUUGUACAGUGCAUAUGAAGUUGUCUUACGAGAUUACCUCCUAUGGAGAGAAUGUACUUGAAUUUAUUGUAUUCUAAACUUGGUAGGUGUUUUUUAGUGAGGCACUUGGUACCAAAUAACUGCAGAUACUGAAACAGUCACACACUGUCAUUACUUCUUUACUCCCUUAAUAUUUGUUAUCUGUUAGACUUUAGUGUUAUUUGAACCUAUGACUGAAAGCAAUUUAGCGAUAACUUUUUUUAGUUGUCACUUGUGUGUUUUUGAAAAUCUUUUCAAGUAGCAUCUUGUUAUCUGUGGGACUUUGACUACUGCUGUUGUCUUCCAUCACAUGAGUGUAGUGAACUGGUGCUGGAAGUCACAAUAGCCUACAUGGUGUUGCAUAUGAAUUCUACUUUUAUUCUCUAUUCUGUUCACAUAGUGUAUGGUAACAUUUUUGAUUGCAGAGAGAGAGAGAGAGAGAGAAUCUCUUAUUUUAUAUUGUAAUAUAAAAGUCUCUGAUCCCCAUAAAUGAAAUUUUUGUGUGCUUUCAAAACUAGAACUGGCUAGAAAUGGACGUGCUGUGUAUCAUCUUAAUUUGUAUAUGUACCGUGGCAAACAUCUGGAGUUACUUGUUUCACUGCAAUGUGACAUAUAGUUCUAUUGCUACCACCACAAAUUUUUUCAUGUUACAGAGAUGGUUCCAGUGAACUGUUAAAGUGUGGAAAGUAUUGAAAAGAUAAGCCUGCAGUUACGCUAGAAAUAAGUUUUACGGCAUUAUAAUUGUGAAUGAGAAUCGCUAACAGUCCAAACUUUUAAUCAGUCCUCUCUCAGGUUCCAUCAUAUGACUGCUUGCUGGCAAAAAUGAUUUUACAUAGGCAUACAAAUGAUGCCUCAUGAGGUUGUUGAGUGUUUUUAGUAUAUGUAUAAUACCCAAAAAUUGGAAAGACUGUAAUGCCUUGAAAUCGAUGUUGAAAAGUAAAAUGUCUAUCUCAUUUUUUCGAGCUUAUAGUUUGGAGGGAAUGAUCAUACAUUAAGACAUUCUGUUGAUGUCAGUAUUUGGAAUUCAUUUUACAGGUUCUGGUAAGAUAACAUUUUUUAGCAUGGUAUGCAGUAAUCCACUGUCUUAAUAUUCAGUACACUAUUUUGGAUGGAGCGUGUGUUCAGCACCCCCAACUAAUAAUCAUUUAUUCCUGAAGAAUUUACCACAUUAGUUUUUCAGAAGAAAAAUAGAUCUGUAUUCUAUAUUAGUAAUAUUUUGUCAUGUUAAUACUAUUUACCAACUUGCCACGAUUUGGGUCACUUUGCUAUGAAAGCGUGUACAGUGACAUUUGCUGCAUUGUUUGUAAGAUCAGUAAAGAUUCUGGUCAUGUUAGAUAUUAAUGUCCUUAUUAAAAAACCAACAAGUGUGGACAGUGGAGAAGAAGAAUAGUGAGGAAGUAUUAUGUGUAAGUUAAAAGGAAAUAAUGUAUUAGUAGAUUUGUUUGUGGAAAGGACUGUCCUCUCUAUCAGUCUAGAAUUUUAUCAUUAAAGAAAACUAAACUGGUUAUCUGAGUACCAUUGGACUGAGUUAAGUGCUUUGUCUGACAAAAUUUUUAAUAACAGCUUGUAAAACUACUUUAGAUGCUGGAAGUAGUGGUAGGGAAACGAGUGGAUAAAGUGAAGAUUAAGAGAUUAAAUCAUCUGAAGAAGAUAUGAUCUAAUCCAAGUAGACAAAACAGUUGUAAAAAUUUGUUGCUGGCUGAGACACUAUUCAGAGGGUGGAGAUAAUUAAUGUUCGAGUAAAGAAUGUAAAUGUUAUCAGUUAUGAGGCAAUAUCAGAAUCAUUUGUGCAGUUAAUUUCACCAUAGACAAUGAAAGUGUUUUACUAUGCUGCCUGCUUCUAGGGUGCAGUGGAAUUUGCUUCUCAUAGUAGGGCAUUGCCUGUAUUGGGCACUACUGACAGGUUAAGGCUGAAUGCUUAAGGGGGAUUAAACUAGAUUCCUGCCUUUCAAAAACAGUUGUUCUUUCAUUGGAAUAAUGCAACCACACCACAAAGAACAACGUACUGCUUCAAUCUGCAACGUACUGCUUCAAUCUGUGAUUUCCUUUUAUUUCCUUUCCAUUAUUUUCACUGAGUGAAGUGGCACAGUAGGGAGACACUGGUCUUGAAUUUGGAAAAGGUGCAGUUCAAAUCCCUGCCCAGGCAUCCAGAUCUGUGUUUCACCAUAUAGGGAGAUGCUGAGUUGCAGAUAGGCACAAUAAAAAGACUGCCACAAAAUGAGCUUUCGGCCAAUAAGGCCUUUGUCGAAAUCUCUAAUGACCUCAUAGUCAAUGGGACAGUAAGCCGUAAUCUUCCAUUCUGGCAAUCUGUGCAGAGGCUUCCUUGCUAACACUUUAAAUAACAAUGUUGGAUAACCAGCUACUGCCAUCAAAGUGUUACCUGAGACUUUUUUUUUCUCCCUUGGUAUAAAUCCUCUAUUCAAAUUAUGCAGUUGCUAAAUGAAUAUCUAAAGGCCAUGCAAUAAAGAUUUUUUCUACAGAAAAAAAAGUGCUACAAGAGAAAUGCACUUCUCCUCCACAUUAUAUUCUUAUUGCAUUAUAUUGUGAGUGAGUUCCUAACAGAUUAGGCGACUAGCUUUUAUUGUAGCAACAGUUAAGUAGUAUUCAGAUCUGAGAAAAUUCCAGACCUCACAACUCUCAUAUUUAUAUUUCAAAGGAACUGUCCAAAAACAUAUAAGGAGUCCAUUUCACAUCAACCAGUAGGUAUGCCAGGGCCGGAGACAGCAGGGAGGUGAUUAGAAGCAGCACUUGAAAGCUAGAAGUUUUUAGAAUGAUACAAACGAUAAAAAAAUGGUGAAGACUAAGAAGCAAAGCACACAUAAAUCAUAUGGAAUCAAGAUAGUAAAAUAUAACAUGAGGUACAAGUUAAAAUGGGAUCAAAACAUACUUCCAUAAUGGUUGACCGUGAGUCCAAUCCAUGCACAUAACUUUUAUAAUAAUUGACCACAUAUCUGGCCUAUGCCCAUAAGCACAGUGCCUGUUAAAGGCUGUGGUAAUGUGUUGCAGCCUACUACCAACCUUCUUGCCAUAUUUUGUGCUAUCCUAUUCAUUUCUUUAUCCUGCAGUACGUCAGGUUUUGAUGUGAUCACUUCUAGUAAUUUUUUUGAUUAGUACCCUUGUUAGUCUUUUUGCUGUGGACUAGCAUUUUUUCCUAAGAGUUUUGUAGAUUACAUUUCUUAGCUUGUGUUUAUUCAAGUUUUGUAACUAACAUAGCUCCCAUCCAUGAAGGUCUCCCUGUAUGAGGUUCAGCAUAUCUCAGCUGUACCCUUUUCUUUUCUCCUUUACUGCAUUUACUGUUUCUUUUUCUUUUUUUGUUUAGUUUAUGAAAAAAUUGUUUGUGCAAAAUUAUUGUAUGUAUAAAGACAUUCAUCAACUUCAUGAAUGCCACAGGAAACUGUGAAUACAAAAUAUUGUUUAGUCCACUGCAUUAUUGUCCUCCUUAAGAAGCAGCUGUUGGUUCUAAUUAUUUUAAUGAACAUCAUAUACUGUAAAAGCAUUGAGACAUGUAACUCUAGUUGAAAGUGGCAGUUUGUGACUGUAUAAUUAUGAUGUGUGCAAAAUAUCAUGAUGCUGUGGACAUAUAAUUGCAGGGCCAUCAAAUAUAGCAAUAUUACCACAAUAGUCUCCUAGGCACCAUUACCUGGAUUCAAAAGUUAUAAACAUUUGCUGAGAUUAAAUUUUGAUUCAGUAUUUAGAGAAUAGAAUGUUGAUAUGAAUUGGUGAGUUGGAAAAGUGGUCAUGUUUCAGAAAGUAAAUUUUUCAGAAGGAACAAGAAACUUUUUGUCUACGCAAUGGGUUUAAACAUGGUGUCAUGGAGUUACUACAUAGCAAUUGGCCCCAGGUUGAAACAAUAUAUGAGGGCUGUUUGGAAAAUAAGUUCCGAAUAGUUGUGGAAUGGAAAACAUUGUGCAUAUCAAAAAUGUUUUAUUUGCAACAGUUAGCUAUACAUUCCAGCUGCUUCUCUAUGUAGUCGCCACUCUGACUUAGACAUUUGUCGUAGCAUUGUGCCAACAUUCGAGUACUCUCAUCAUAGAAGGCAGCCACCUGUGCUUUCUGCCAAUACUCUGCACUGGGUUACAGCUCAUUGACUGUGCCAAAAUGUUGGCUUUAAAGCCAGCGACUCACGUGAAUAGAGGUGAAACUCAGGGGCAGCCAGUUACAAGCUGUAUUGUGGAUGAUCAAACACUUCCCUUCGAAAACGCUGCAGGGGCAUCUUCAUUGCCGCUGCAGCGUGUGGCCAAGAAUUGUCAUAAAGAAGGAACAACAUGACAGUUGUUUUAUGUGGGCUGCAUGACAUCAGGCAAAAUCCCUCACCUGGCUCUCAUACUUGGCAGGAGACACUAUUUCCUAGGCAUCCUUAUGUGCUCACUGUGCACUCAGAACUGAAAACAGCGACAUGAUGAGAUCAACAGGAAUACUAGAGACACUGCCCAACACAUCUGUGCAAACCUUCAUUGGAUUUUCACAGUGGUUUCUGUUUCAUGACCGAUCAGAACUUACUUUCUGAAUAGCCCUCAUACACCAUUACAAUAUACUUUAGCUUUCAAAUGUGAUCAGAAAUCCAGUUUGAAUGUGCUUGAGAUGACCUUUUUUUCAUAACAGAUGAUUAUGUGGAGGAGGAGGAGAAUGCAACUAGGAUUCUGUUUGCAGCAGAAGAGUUGUGUUAUGCAAUUUUGUAUUAUUCAUAUUCAUUAUAGAAGUAACAUAGUGUUACGAGCGUAAAAGUCUAUUCAUAAUAUACCCAAAAUACAACGACAAACAAAAUACAGCAAAGCAGGCAACGGUGGGCAUGCUUCAUCUUUAUCUUGUCCAUGGACACUGACAGAUACUGUUAUAAAAUGGUUUCAACUCAACAGGUUUGUAUUGUAAAAUUUUCGUUGCAUCAUCUUGUGAAUGUUGAGCACUUCUGUUGCUGGGACAUGACCCCCUGUUAUACCAUCAACAUGUACGUAAUUCGAGAAACAGUGAGCAUGACUCUGUUGUCAACUCACCGAUUCAUAUAUUGUCUAUAACGUGUUCAUGUUAUUGCAGAAAUGUAUAAAUAAUUUAAGGAGUAAAGACAACAACUCGCCAAGUAAUUGAGGUGCUAAGGCAUCACUAUCACAGAAACAAGAGUGAGAGUGUUGCUAACACUUGGAUGAAUCCUCCUUCAGAGCUGCAGUUUGUGUUUGUACACAGACACAGACACAGACACACACACACACACACACACACACACACACACACACACACACACACACAAAAAAAAAAAAGUGUGGACACAUUGAAUAGGCUAGAGCACUAGACACAGAGAUACACAUGUACUCUACAGCUCAAAUUCAGCUAAAAGCUAGCAACAUUGUCAUUUUUAUAUCUUUAUGUAUUGACAUAUUAAUGUUUUAAACAUGUGCCCUGGAAAAGUGAGUUAACAUACUGACAAAUCCAAAGUUACUUCUAAUUUUAUUGAGAGUAAUCUUCUAUGAUUUCCCACUAAUGCACAUAAUAUACUGGCUGAAUAACAUAUGUAAAAUCAAUGAAACUGCUGUCCAUAUGUGCCUAGUUUGCCAUUUUAUGAGACUGCUACUUUGUAGACGUAUUAAAUCAGUUCAAGUGUUGUAUGCAUUUCAUUUGCAUUUAAUGGGAAACUUCAUGCCACACUGUCUCUCCUAGUCAACAAGAAACCUGAUAUUACACAUUGGCCUAAGUAUCACAUAUGGAUUCUGCCAUUAAGUCUUGAAGUGUCUCUUAAGUGGCAGUUAAGAUGAAUGAACCACUAUUAUAAACUUCGUAUAAAUAUUUUUGUUACUUUUAUUUUCUAUUGAUUACAAUGUUCUUUUUGUAAAGAAAUAAACAAAGAUAUUUUAAAUAAACAGCUACAAGAGA